UGAUUCAUCAACGAUUGACAUAACCUCCAAAAAAAUCUGUCGUUUAAAAGUAAACAGUUCAAUUCAUGGCAUUUUGCAGUUAGAAAACAUAAGUACAAAAUGAGUGUAGUGAUAGAAACGACAAUUGGCGAUUUCACUGUCGAUUUAUUUACCGAAGAACGAUCGCAGACAUGUCGAAACUUCCUGAAACUCUGCAAAAUAAAGUACUACAACUGGCACUUGUUCCACACAGUCCAGAGUAACUUCAUAGCUCAAACAGGUGAUCCAACGGGUACAGGUAAAGGUGGUGAGAGUGUCUAUGGGAUGAUCCUGGGGGAGGAGGCACGGUAUUACGAGGGCGAGCGGAUGCCCAAAAUAAAGCACGACAGAGUGGGUCUGUUAUCCAUGGUAAACUGCGGUGACAACAUGCUGGGAUCCCAGUUCUUCAUCACUCUCGAUCGAGAUCUGCAGUCCCUGGACGGUGAGCACUGCGUUUUCGGCGAAAUAGUCGAGGGUCUGGAGGUAAUCCUCAAGUUCAACGAUACAAUCUGCGAUGGGGAUCACCGACCCUAUCAGGACAUCCGGAUAUCCCACACUGUUAUCCUCGAAGACCCUUACGAUGAUCCUGAGAAUUUACAAGUGCCAGAUCGAAGCCCAGAGCCUACGAAGGAGGCCCUUAUGAGCGACCGAAUUGGGGCUGAUGAGGUACUCGAUGACACUGCUGGCAUGUCCAUGGAAGAAAUCAUGGAAAUGCGGAGGGAUAAGGAAGCUAAAGCUGCUGCAACGAUCCUCGAGAUUGUCGGUGACAUCCCAGACGCUGAUAUUGCACCUCCAGAGAACGUUUUAUUCGUCUGUAAACUGAAUCCAGUCACCAAUGACGACGAUUUGGAGAUAAUUUUCAGCAGAUUCGGAAAAAUCAUUGGAUGCGAGGUGAUCAGGGAUCGUCAGAGUGGCGACUCCCUGCAGUACGCCUUCAUCGAGUUUGCUGAUCGCAAGAGCUGUGAAGAUGCCUAUUUUAAAAUGGAUAAUGUACUUAUCGACGAUCGUCGUAUUCACGUGGACUUCUCGCAGUCUGUGUCCAAGAUGCGAUGGAAAGGGAAGGGGAAAGGAUUUCUUUAUAAUGAGGAUCAGAAGAAUAGCUCGGGUGCUCGUGAGAAACAAGUCCGAGGGAAGAGUUCCGAGAGAAAAACGAGCAGAGGGGAGAGGCAGUCUCAUAGAUAUGGGGAUUCGUAUGACAGGAGUAGAUCUCACAAGCACGAUCAAACGAGGGAGAGAAAUAGGCGGGAUGAUGGUUACGAGAAUAAUAAAAAUGGCAGGGAUUGUCGAAAGCAUGGCCAAUCGAAUAGACGAGAUAAGGACUCAAGCAGAAAACGAAGUAGAAGCAGGAGUAGGAAUAGGAGUGCUGAGGAGAGAGAACGUCUACCCUAUGAAGAUGAUAGAAAUCGAAGUAAAGAACGAACAGAUUAUCGUGAUAGGGACAAAGAGAAGAGGAAAGAUAAAAAGCGAGAGCAAGAGAAAAAAUCGAGGGAUCGUAGUAGAUCGAGGAAGGAUAAGAAGAAACGCUCGAGGGACAGAUCAACAGAAACAUACCAGAAGAAGAAAAGAUAAUGGGGAAAAAUAGAAAUUUAUGCAUGUAUUGAAAUUCCAUUGUAUAUAAUGAUGAUGAAAGGGUGUUCCAAUUGAUGAUAAUGAAUGAAGAGUGAAUAAACAAG